UUCACUUUUUCUAGCAUCAAACUUCAAAGUAAAAACAAUUAAAGUGCCUAAAAUACAAAAGGUCUUUUAGUUACAGCUAUACUGUACAUAUAAAUUAUAUAAACAUGGAAGAAAUUUAUUUACAAAUUCGUGAUAAAGUAUUCAAAGUAAAAAAAGAUGUUUUGUGUGAACAUAGCGACUAUUUUCGCGCAAUGUUUAGCGGAAAUUAUGUAGAAAAUGAACAAAAACAAAUAUGUAUCGAUAUGUUAGAUCCCAACACAAUGCAUAUCAUUCUGCAGUACAUGCAAAUUGGUUUAAUAGAUCUUUCUGUAUAUCCUUUGUCGACAAUUAAAGACAUCACAAUUGCAGCAAACUUUUUACAAAUAACAGAGUUAAUAAAGCAGAUUGAAUACACUUUAGAUAUCGGAACAUGUGCAUCAAAUUGGAUGGAGACAAUGGAUAUCGCUGAAAUAUCCUGUUUUCCAAAAUUGGAAAAAUUUUGUGUGGCUUUCGGAUUAUUUUCUUUUAAGUCCAUGAAGCCAGAGUAUGUUCUUAAUAUACACAAACUUGCUUGGUAUUUGUCCCAUCCUUAUUUAGACUCACAGAGUGAAUUAGAAGUUUUUAACUUUGGCUUGGAAUGGAUAUUCCACACUGAAACUGGAGCUGAUGCGCUUCUCGUUAUUAUUGGUUGUUUAGACAUGAAAAAAGUUACAACUCAAGACUUGGAAGAAAUAAAAAAAUGUAUGAAAGGUUUUGAAAACAGUUUAGCGGCUAAAGUCAUUGAUCUACUUUAUGAUUUGUCCGUUAAUAAACUUGAUUUAUCAGAAACAAUUUUAAACAAACAGAAAAGUGAAUUAUGUGAAAAGUUCACACAGAGAGUUUGGACUGAAACUUUAGAUAUUAUAAAGGAGAGUAAGACACGAUGUUUGCAGUACACACCAGUUAUACCCUUAUGGCUUCUUAAAGAUGGAAAACCAGAAUUACUACCACAUUCUAUGUACACUUAUUAUCAAGGUAGAGGUUUUGAACAAUGGUUAGAAGUUGCUGACAAAAAUUUAUGGGGCUGGAGUGUUGUAGCUUGGGGCUUGACAAAACUUGUAAUAGUAUGUGGUGAGCAUGGCCGUGGCACGGGUAUGUUUAUGAGAGAUGUUAAGGUUUAUGACACACUCAGGAAAGAGUGGACCAGACAUGGUGUUAAUCUACCACAGAGAAGACAUGCAGGCCUGGCAGUUAUUGGAGAUUCUCUUUACAUUGCCGGAGGUGUGGGUGGGUUUAGGGUAGUACUAGAUACAGCUAUUGUAUAUGAUUUAAAACAAAGAUCAUUCAGAAAAAUUUCACAAAUGCCAGAUGCUUUACAAAAUCCUGCACUGUGCUCACAUAACAACAAAGUAUAUGCUGCAGGACAGAAAAGUAUAUAUUGUCACGAAGAUUCAGGCACCUCAGACUUUUGGAGGAAAGUCGUGGAUACAGAAAUGAGGAUGAGUUGCAUCAGAUCUUGUAAAGAAUACAUUUAUUGUAUACAAGGUUAUUUCAGUAACUUAUACAGAUUCGUGCCAGGUGUUGAGAAGAAUUUACAAUUGAUUACCUAUUUUUCUAGUCUUCCGGCAACCAUAUGCAAUUUAGGUGAGAUACUUUAUAUAUUUACAUGGACUAUUUGCGGACAAUGUGACGUUUUAACAGUAGAAGAAUUCAAAGCAAAGCACACAGUCGAAAAACCUAAGGUUCUGUUCACACAAUCCGAUAAUUGUAUGAGGGUUAACGAUGUAGCAGGAUCUUGUUCAUUAGUUAUGUCAGCACCACCAUUGUAUAAAGAGCUUUCAAAAUAUCACAAGCGAUAUUUAGCAAGGUAUCCUGAUCCUGUAUGAAUAUAAUAUCUACA